GUCCGACUAGAAACAGCCACCUGAAGCUCCACUGAAGAUAAUUUGUCCUGCAUGUGCUCCCGUAGUUGUCGACGUCUGCACUGUGCUGCUUUGAAGGUGAAGACUCUUUUGGUUAUUAGUUGUAUAAACACAAAGGAUCGGUCUCACCAUGGCUUUUGGAAAGCGAGUGGCUGAUUAUGGAUAUCGGGCCUUUUCUGGAUCAAUGAUGCUGCUGACGGUCUAUGGUGGUUACCUGUGUGUAUUGCGAGGAUACCGCUAUAUGCAGAAACAGAAACAGCUCCAGAUUUCAGCAGAAAACCAGGACACAGAAGUGAUGAAAGACUAGAUGGACUACUUUCAGUUUUCAUUGAAAUUGUUAUUCUUGUUUGGUUUGACCAUUACAAAGUCUUGAAGAUUUAUCUAUGGACACAAAUCUACUGUAAGUCAUGGUAAUGCCCAUGCCAAAGGUAGUUGAAUUGUUUCCGUUGCAUACUAAAUUAUUGUAACUAUGACGACAAACAGUUUAAAAGAGUGUACCAGUGGUGAAAAUAUUGCCAAUCAUAUCUGUUUUAUGAACACCAAUUGUCCUCAAUAAUUGCAAGAUGAUAUGAUUGGUUGUAAAAUAAAUAAUAAUUGUCAACCAAUAAACAUGUCUAUUCUUUGGAGGUAAGA